GGCGAAGUGAGUGCGUGCAGUUUUAUUAUUUGGUUUUGGAUUUUUAUGUCAAUAUAUUCAUUACAUCGAAUUAUGUGAAGAUCGCGCCAAAGCAACAUGAAAUGUGAUUUGUAUGGUUUUCAAUAGAAAAUUAUAAAUCUUGUAAUUCCCGUUUUCGUACGCUAUUUAAAGUUCUACGAUAUAACAAGUUAAUCUAGAAAUAUCGGCAAUGUGGAAUCAAUGGCCGGUCGCUGCGGUGCCUGCUGCGCCCAUGUCAGCACCGCCACAGCCAUCAGUACCGCCACCACUGCCCGAUGCACCACCGCCACCACCGCCAUCAGAAAAUACACUGGCAACAACAGCAACAGAAGCUGUUGCAGCUGGUGUUCCUGGUGUAGGCAAUGCUGCCACCGGCUACAUGGCGCCGGUUGGAACUCAGUCCGCCUCCAAUCCCUACGAACAAUACACAGCCGCACAGUAUGCAGCCAUGACACCUGAGCAACAAUACGCGCUGCAACAGCAUUGGCAGCAGUGGCAAACAUACCAGCAAGAUUAUGCAAAGUGGCAUGCACAGUAUGGUGAACAGUACAAGAGAGAAAUGGCCGCAGCAGCAGCAGCAGCAACAACAACAACUGUACCCAUUGUGGCACCUGUGCCCGUUGCAGCACCAGUAACAGCCACAGUGCCUACGAUGGCAACCAUCUAUCCACAAGCUCAACUCGCACAACAAAUAACAGUGCAGCCACAGAUGCAGGCAUAUUUUCCACAGCCAAAGCAGCCCCAGCCACAAACACAGUCGCAGUUGUCCGGCAAAAUAAUGGCACAGCCGCAGAUGUAUAAUCAGCCACCACCGCCGCCACCACAAGGAUACCAACAGCAUCCUCAACAGCAACAACAACCACAACAAAUGCAACGCCAGCAACAGCCUCCACCUUCAAAUCAAUGGCAACAGCAACAGCAACCGACGCCGGGUAGAUUUAAUCAAGUGCCGCCUGUUAACUAUAAUCAGGCUCCACAUCCUGGUGAUCCCAGUAUGUUUCCCAACAUACAGCAACCACCACCUGCCUUUAUGCAACAGCCACCGUUAUCAGCUAAUCAAAUUGAUGCCCCUUGGGCAAAGGAUCAAAACAAAAGCAAAAAUGACAGGGGUAAUAUUAAUGAAGCGAAUCAACGGAGACACGGAUGGGAUGGGCCACCGCUUGAUGGUGGAAGGCAACAACAACAUCAGCAGCAGCAAGGACCGCCACCUAACAAUCGUUGGCAAUCCAAUGAGCAGGGAAACAAUAAGAAUAAAAGUGCCAAUAAGUCAAAUCAGUUUGGCAAUCGACGCAACUGGCAAAACAAUCCACCCGGCAAUAACAACAAAAACAGCAAUAAUCGAAACAAUCCAUUCAGCUCAGCUGCGCCAAACCACUAUGGCUCUGAUAGUGGUGAUGCGGCGGAUCCAGGUGAUCCAGGCUGCAAUUCCAACUCGUCUGGAGGAAUAGAUGGUCGAAGCUAUUCAAUUAAUUCCUUUAGCAAUAACGGGUCAGGACAGAGACCGGCAGAUAAUUUUGGAUCUGGAAGUUUUGAUAACAACUGUCGCAGUGGCAACAAUAACAACAACGCACGUUGGGAACAUAAUCGGCAGAAUCAAGGCGGAGUCAACUUUGGUCCCUCACACGAUAGUAAUAAUGACUGCGGUGGUUAUAACCAAGUUCACAAUCGGAAUAAUUUUAACCAACAGCAACAACAACAACAACAGCGUGCACCAGAUUUGGAUGAAGCUAGCUUUGAUCGCUUGUUCGAUCAGUGGGAGAAGCAAUUUGAGGAUUGGAAACGCGCCAAUGCCAAUCAUCCAGAUCGUGAUGAGUAUCGUCGAUAUGAGGAAGAAUUUGAGAAGCAGCGUCGUCGUAUUGCAGAACGUCGUGAGCAAAUGAGACGUAGACGGCAAUUGCAAAAUCCACAACAAAACCAGCAACAAGCUAAUCAGCAACCAUAUCCCAAAGCAGAACAACAACAUCAGGGUCAGCAAGGUGUCAACUUUAGGACGGGCUAUGACAAUUAUGAGGAACAGCAUAAUCGUGGCAAUACUCCCAAUAAUGUUAAUAUUGAUCAAACAAAUAAACGGAUCUCGGAUGCGACCUUAGAAAAUCAACAUGUGUUACCUAUCACACUUGAGGAGAAAGAGGCGCACCACUCGGACGCAAAAAAAGAGCAGGAAAAAGUGGGAGCGAAACUUGCACAACCAUCUCAGCAAUCAUCACAAAAACAAAAGCACCAACAAGGGACAAGGUCGCCAAAGUCAGAGACUCCCACGCCAAGUACCACUUCUAGAAAUCAACAGAAGCAGCCACAUCAGGAAGUGGAAAAUAGUAAAUGUACAGCUAAUAUUCUAGGCAAGCGUAAAACUGAUCAAAGAGGCAAUGUGGGAGCAACGUCAACCCCAGCUAAAACAGCCAAGGAAGAUAACAUUUUAAUAAUUUCCUUGGAUGACGAUGACGAUGACGAUGAUGCUGAUUAUGUACAAAAGAGUCAGAUAGAGAAGGAGGAUGACUCUGCUGCUUAUACUCCGAUGAAAAACAUAUUCAAAAAAUCGGACGGUAUACCAGGUCUUGAUUUGGUUGCUGAUGGACAAGCUGCAGUUCCCCCUGCUGCUGUUAGUGCAGCAUCGAGAGCAACGGAUGCUCCCAGUGCUGAUAAUAACAAAAAAAUACCAUCACUUUUUGAUGUUGUUAUUGAUAAGCCGGUCUCCGAAUCAGAAAAGGACCCUGUGGCGACAAAUCCAACGAUCAGCGAAACGCUUCCAGAUGAUGUAAGCAAUGCACUCAAAGAUCCUGAGUUCAUGAACAACUUGUCUCAGGCCUUGGCCCAGGCGCAAGGUCGUGACCGAGAUCAGUUACAACAGCAGCAACAGUCCAAUGAACCAUCAAAGCAUUGUAGCAAUAACAAUAGCAACAACAAUAACAAUGAUAGAAAUAAUGACGGUCGUCCGAUGUCAUUUGCCGAAUGGCAACGAAAGAAAAAUAACCGGGAAAGUGACCAACAAGAUGAGCCCUUUAGAAACUUGAGCAGUUUUAGACCAGGAUCAGGCAACGAACCUGGACCGGGCGGAGGAUUUGGUCCUGACCAACGGCAACAACAGAGGUAUGGUCCAAACGGUCCCGCAUUAAUGCAUGGUGCAGGUCCAGGGGACUCACAGUUGAUGGGACCCAAUUUUAUCGAUUUCAGUGGUCCAUCCAGUGGAAACCCUUGUUCCAAGGUUUCGCCAUCUGGACCGAAUUUUGGUGCUCCUAAUUUUGAUCGACAAGGCUCUGGCAAUGGACCAGGACCAGGCCACGGACCCACUCCUGGACCAUUUGGUGGCGGCUCAGGAUUUAACGGUCCCUUUGGACGAAAUUUCGGACCUGGUGGACCCAAUAAUUCCAACUUUUUGGGACCUGGCCCAAAUUUUAAUGACCGAGGACCAAAUUUUGGUCCGAAUUUCCAUGGAAACGGACCAGGUCCAGGUCUAUUUCGACCGAAUUUUUGUGUCUCGAGUGGGCCGGCGUCUGGUCCUAACUUUGGAGGUCCCGUCCCUUUUUGUGGCCCAGGAUCCAAUAAUGCAAAUGUUCGCAACUUUGGUCAAGGACCCAAUAAUCCAAAUGAACACAAUUUUGGACUAGGACCUAAUAAUCCAAACGAACGCAACUUUGGCUCCGGACCUCAUAAUCCCAAUUUCAUUGGCCCUAACAUGAGCAACAACAAAAGCAACUCGUUUAUUGAUAAUCCAUUCAGACGUAACGGAGGACCUCCAGCACCCAACUUUGAUAGUAAAUCUCGAGAUGGACCCGGCUUUGAAGAACGUGUCAAAGGGCAGAUAAGGAACAAUUUUGGCAACGUGGGACACAACAACAAGCCUUGGGCUGAUAGCGCGGAAUCCUUCGGCAAUGUCCAUUCCAACGAGCCCGUCUAUCGUCCCAUGAAAGUGUUUGACUAUCAGAACAGCCGCAAUACCGCCGCAAAGGUAAUUGAUUAUGGUCACAAAUCUGCUGAUGUUGCUGGCAGUCGAAUUGGAACUGGUGGCUCUGUACCAGCACACGCCCCUGCACCUGCUAUACCGGAGUUUAGACCCGUUAAUACGUUUGACUAUGGACACGCCUCACAUAAUGCCGUUCCAGCAGGACCAGGAGAGGGCCCAUUAAAUCGAAAUGCUAACACAAACACUAACAACAAGAAGAAAAACAAAAAGAAGAAUAAGAAUCGACAGCGAUUGCUACUGCAGCAGCAGCAGCAGCAAGAGCAGCAGCAGCCACAAGAGCAGCAGCAGCAACAAGAGCAGCAAUCGUCUAUGUCGACCAACAUCGAGCCCAAUUCCUUAAGUACAGAGGCUGUUGACCAGAGCAGCAGGCCGGAUGAUCUCGAGGACAUAUCCGAUGGAGAGGAUAAUCUGGCCGAUGUGACACGUAUUGAAUCACCACCACCACCAUCACCUCCGAAAAUGAAUAAGCAACAUCAGCAGCAGCAGGAGCCUCGUAAAGCAUUUCCUGCCAAUCCACAACGUCGCGUGCUCGGCGAUCCGCCCGCUGCCCUCUUUCCUUCCACAGCAGCAGCUAACCGACAAAUACCCGAUCAAGCAGAUACACGUCGUUUGGAAAUGAGCGUUCCUACUAAUGAGAAUCGAAAUACCAUAUCCAUUGAUGAGGUUCUCCUGCCUCCGGGUCGAUUAUCGCGUCCCAAGCGCGUCUGCAUAAUACUUCGGGGACCCCCAGGCAGCGGAAAGUCUUACGUGGCCCGGCUGAUUAAGGAUAAAGAGUUGGAAAUGGGUGGUGCCAAUCCGCGCUUACUAAGCAUAGACGAUUAUUUCAUUAUUGAGAACGACUAUGAAGAAAAGUGUCCCAAGACUGGAAAAAAGAUACCGAAAAAGGAAAUACUUUACGAAUAUGAUGAUGCGAUGGAAGAGACCUAUAUGCAAUAUUUAAUAAAAUCUUUCAAAAAGACAUUAAGUGAUAAUCUUUAUGAUUUCAUAAUUGUCGACUGCAACAACAGCUCGCUACGAACGCUCAACGAGUUCUAUUGUCAUGCCAAGGAUUCGAAUUUCGUGCCGUACAUCAUUGAUCUGCAUUGUGCUGUGGAGACCUGCUUGGGUCGCAACAGUCAUCAGCGCAGCGAGGAGGACAUCCGCGCUGUUUUGGACAAUUGGUGUAUAACUCCGUUACACUAUAUAAAACUGGAUGUAUCGACGCUGCUUGAAAAUGUCGUUGAAAUGGAGGAUGUAGAGAAUAUGGCAACGGAUGAUAAUGCGAAUAACGAGGAGCCUGCUCUCGAGGAUGCUGUCAAUGUUGGCGUCGAAGAGGAGGACAGCAACAGCGCCGAUGCUGUCAACGAUUGCGGCUUUCUGAAAAGCAAGUGGGAAAAUGAUACUACCGAGGAGAAUCUGGCCCGUCUCGACGGCACCAACCGCCUUAUGCAAAAGCGUAAGACGGCAAGCAUGGCAGAAUUUUUGCAGCUAGAUGAUUGGGAACCGCCUAUAAGUGGCGCUGACGGUAAAAAGCGCGUAAGAUGGGCAGACAUUGAGGAAAAGCGUGCCCAGCAAAAGAUGCGUGCAAUCGGUUUUGUUGUUGGCCAGACAGAUUGGAAGCGAAUGAUGGAUCCCAAUGCUGGCAAUCGUGCACUCAACAAAACGAAGUAUAUUGAACGUGUAAAUAAACGGCGCUGAUCGUCGCUCAUGUGGCAAAUUACAAUUGGCAAUUGGAAGUCGGCAUCGACAACACAACCAUUCUUACACAGAUACACCUUUUGUUAUCGUAAUUGGAUGUGCUUAUAGGAAAUGAUCCUAUUUAAUAGUUAAUAAUAUAGACUUUAUUUGUUGUCCAACAAAAAGUUUGCAUGCUUUUAAUGUCAGCCGAUAUUACCAAUUGCGUGCAAAAGUAACUGCGAAAUUACACAAUGAAUCCAAUUAUAACAUUUUCAAUACAUUUUGCGCUCAAUUUCCCAAACAAAAAUUCAUGAUUUGCAGGGCAUGUAUUAUUAUUUUUUUUAUUAUUUAAUUGUUACAGAACUUAGGUGAAAAUUUGAUUUUGUAUGAAUUUGCAAACAAAGCUGAAUUCACAUAAUUUAUAGAUUCUCAUUUACCUUCAGUUUGUUUACCAAAAAACAAUUAUUAAUUGUUUUAUUAUUCGUUUUUUCUUUUUUUCUCAAAAAUGAUGCAUUCUAACAUGUUUGCAGAUAAAACUGCAAAGAAAAAUAAAACUUUUAUACAAUA